UUAUAAUUAACGACUUCCGUUACUUCAACUUGAUAUUUGUUCUCAAUUUUAUCUCUUGAAGAUGGUUGAUGCAUUUGUGUCAUUUGCAGUAGAAAAACUAGGGGAUUUCCUUAUACAGGAAGUUUCCCUGCGCUUAAGUCUCAGAGAGGAUGUGAAGUGGCUGAGAAAUGAGUUGCUCUUCAUGCAGUCUUUCCUCAAAGAUGCAGAAGAAAAUCUAAGUGAAGAUCAAAGAGUGCAACAAUGGGUAUUUGAAAUCAACUCUAUUGCUAAUGAUGUUGUCGCUAUAUUGGAGACUUACAGCUUCGAGGCUGGUAAAGGUGAUGAUGACAAAGGAUUUGCUAGUCGUCUGAAAGCUUGCACUAAUUGCAUCGGUAGGAAGGAGACAAAAUUCUACGGCGUGGCCAAGGAAAUCCAAUGCCUCAAGCAGCGAGUCAUGGAUAUCUCUCGAAAACGAAAGACUUAUGGCAUUAGAGAUAUCAAUAAUGCAGGAGAAUGGCUAAAAAAUGGGCCAAACAAUCAGUCUUCUAUGGUUAGAACAUUGAGGAGAACUACCUCUUAUGCAGAUGAAGAUCAGAUUUUUGUUGGCUUUCAGGAUGUUGUAGAAAGACUGCUAGCUGAAGUUCUCAAAGCAGAGCCACGUCGAAGUGUCAUCUCCAUUUUUGGUAUGGGUGGAUUAGGCAAGACCACUAUUGCAAGAAAUCUCUACUAUUCUCCGAGUCUAAUCACUAGCUUCCGUGCACGUGCUUGGAUAUGUGUUUCUCAGGAAUACAACACCUUGGAUCUCCUUAGGAAUAUCAUAAAAUCCAUCAAAGGUCGCACCAAGGAAAUUCUAGAUUUGUUGGAAAGGAUGUCAGAAAGCGAUCUAGAAAUUUACCUUCGCGAUAUAUUGAAAGAACGUAAAUACCUACUGGUGAUUGAUGAUGUAUGGCAGAGAGAAGCAUGGGAAAGUUUGAGAAGGGCCUUUCCUGAUAGCAAGAAUGGCAGCAGAAUUAUUAUUACCACACGCAAGGAGGAUGUUGCAAAAAGAGCAGAUGACAAAGGUUUUGUCCAUAAACUCCGUUUCCUAAGCCAAGAAGAAAGUUGGGAUCUCUUUCGUAGGAAAUUACUUGACGUUCAAGCAAUGGUCCCAACAAUGGAAAGCCUAGGUAGAGAUAUGGUGGACAAAUGUGGAGGCUUGCCUCUUGCGAUUGUUGUAUUAAGCGGGCUACUUUCGCAUAAAAGGGGGCUACAAGAAUGGAAAAAGGUGAAGGCACACCUUUGGCGGCAUAUGAAAGAUGAUUCUAUUGAAAUCUCCUGCAUACUAUCAUUGAGUUACAAUGAUUUAUCAACUGUGCUCAAGCAGUGCUUUCUUUACUUUGCUAUUUUCCCAGAAGACCAUUUGAUCUAUGUUGACAACAUAACGUGGUUGUGGAUGGCGGAAGGAUUCAUACCAAGAGGAGAAGAAAGAACGGAGGAUAUUGCUGAGGGCUUCUUACAUGAGCUAGUAAGACGAAGCUUGAUUCAACUGGUCAGUACAAGUUGGAAAACAGAUGUUAGAUGCAAGACUCAUGAUCUACUUCGGGAUCUUGCCGUGCAGAAGGCAUUGGAGGUAAACUUUUUUUAUACUUAUGAUCCAAGAAAGCACUCCAUAUCCUCCUCAUGUCUCAGACAUGUCAUUCAUGGUCAAGCAGAAAGCUACCUCUCACUUGAUCUUUCUAACUUGAAGUUAAGGUCAAUAAUGUUCCUUGAUCAAGAUUUUUGUACGAUGAGUCUUAUAAAGUUUCGUAAUGUGUUCCGACAUACAUAUGUGUUGUACUUGGAGUUUCGUUCCGGUACUGUACUACCUAAUGCCAUAGGAAGUUUGUACCAUUUGAAGUUCUUAAGCUUGAGAGGUACGUAUAAUCUCCCCUCCUCCAUUGGAAACCUCAAGAAUUUACAAACACUCCGUAUCUUGAAUGACUAUAGACACUUAUGCCGACUACCCCCUGAGACAGCUAACCUAAUAAAUCUAAGACAUUUAGUUGCUUUGUAUUCAAGACCGCUGCAGCUUUUAAGCAGACUCACAAGUCUUCAAGUUCUUAAAUACAUUUGUUGUGACCAAUGGAGAGACGUUGAUCCUGUUGAUUUAGUCAAUCUUCAAGAAUUAGGCAUGUACGAUAUUAUGAAUUCUUACUCCUUAAAUAACAUUGGCAGCUUGAAAAACCUUAGCUCUCUCAUGUUGCGUUGUAAAGCUGAUGAAUCAUUUCCAGCCCUUGAAUAUCUUACUUCUUGUCAAAAGCUGGACAGAUUGUGGUUAGAGGGGAGAAUAGAGAAACUGCCUCUCUCAGACUAUUUUCCAAAUUCCAUCACAAUGAUGGUCCUUUGGAAGUCACAUCUCAUGGAAGAUCCGAUGCCUAUUCUGGGACUGUUGCCAAAUCUAAGGGGUCUUGAUUUAGUAGGAGCUUAUGAAGGAAAAGAAAUUACGUGCAGUAAUAACAGCUUUUGUCAACUAGAAUUUCUUCGUCUUGAUGGCCUUGAGAAGCUAGAAAGAUGGCAUUUAUCCUCAAGUUCCAUGCCUCUUAUUAUAGCUUUUGGUAUCCAUGAUUGUUCAAAGCUGAAGGAGAUUCCCCAUAGGAUGGAAGACGUUGCUAUCUUGGAGAGGUUGAAGGGUAUUGAACAAGAGUUUGGCGAAUAUUACAAAGUCACUAGUUUUACAUGAAGCUUUUCAAGCAUAUAUGAUGUCUUGUUAAUUUCAAGGUCAUUAGUUUUGCAUGAAGAUUUUCAAGCAUAAAUGAUAUGAUGUCUUAUUAAAUUCAACCUCUUUCACAAUUUGAAAGGUACAUACAAAUGGAAUUAAGUUAUAUAUGCUAAAAUAAAUGUUUCUUUUUUGUUAUUGACGUAGUUUAACAUGUUAUAAUAGGUGAUAACGGACAAAUCAUUUUUCAAGUUACAGAGUAACAAGGAUUACAUG